GGCGAAAAUCCAAUUCGUUUUGUUUUGGCGGGUUGAUCCCUUUCAUUACUUUAUUUGUUAAAUGCCAUCUAUAGGUCUAGAGUUAAUUUAUCCACCUAAUUGUAAGCCUAUAAACGAUGAUUUGUCGAAAGAAGAAUUAAGAAGACGCCUGACUGAGCUAUGUAACGCACUAGACAAUGUUAUCGAGGAAGAAGGAAAAUCAACUGAAACUUCACUGGAUGGAGAGAGAUUAUCGCUUUCUCAGGACCAUACAAAAUAUAAGGGCCUAUUUCUAUUGCUUGGAUCACCAGAGUUCCUGAAAAAUGCAGAUAGAGAUAUUCAAUUACGAGUUGGUGUAUGUAUUUGCAAGUUACUUAAAAUAUUUUGCCCAUCCAACCCUCUUUCUGGUUUAUCGGAAGAAAAAGUCCUUACAAAAGAAAUCCUGUGUUUCUUAAUUGAUUGUAUUGGAUUACUUUCAAACGUAAAGACGAAAACCGAUGCUGUAUAUAUUAAACUUCAUACAAUGAUUUAUAUCUGUGCCCAAAUUGACGUCUUCAUGUGGUGUUCGUUUUUGGAAGAUGAAUCUGUCCUAUUUGGCUUUGUCAAAAUGGUUUUUGCUAUUGUUAAAAACCUUGAUGUCUGGUCUUGGACUGAUAAUUCCAUCGUUCGCCAGAUGAUUUUAGAUAUGACUGUUAAGGUUAUCAUCCAGUCUGAGAAAUUCCUGUCUUCUGACCUAGUCACUUUUAUACUUCAGUAUCUAAUAGAACCUGCAAAAAGUACUCAACCGGCUCAGCAUACAUUCGCUCGAGACUUAAUAAUAAGGACUGCUGACCAACUAGAAUACCGAAUUCAAAUGUUAUUACAAAACUCCCUAAUUGUGGGUAAAUGUAAUGGAACCCAAAUGAAAACUGAAGGUAAACCCAUCCGUCCUCCUGAAGAGGUUUUGGAAGACAGCAGCGAGGGGAUAUCUGAUGUGAAUGAAUCUAAAGAUGAUGAGGGAAAUCCUGAUCUACUUGGAGAGCACGCAUUUCUCAUCAUAUACGCUCUGCACACAAUACAAAGCAGUAUAGUAGCUCCAGUCCUUCCGACUAUUGAGUUAAAGCUAAAGUCGCCUAUUGUACGUGAGCGUAAACGAUCUUUCAGAUUAUUAGCGCGCUUAUUUUCUGAACCGAAUUCUUUACUUCACAGGAGAAAUCCAAGUCUUUGGGAUGCAUUCCUGGGGCGCUUCAAUGACAUUGAUAGUGAAGUCCGCAAGUUAUGUAUUCACAUGUUGCCUCAGCUUUUAAAACAAAACCAGGAUUUGCUUCAUGAACAGUUGCUGACAAAUUUUCAACAGCGUAUUUAUGAUCCCGAUGAAGAAGUUCGACUUUUAGCUUUAAAAACAAUGACUGGUCUUAUUAAACAAUCUGAAAGUGAAGUUAGCGAUGAUGCAUUCGAAUUGUUAAAGGAGCGUUCUCGAGACAAGACCCUGUCUAUUCGUAAAGAAGCUUCUUCCGCUUUAGCUUCGUUGUAUAAAGGUGGUUUGCAGUCGGGUUGGUUAUCUGCUACAAAGUCAGCUUCUGCUCUAAAUACAAUUUUGCACUUGUACUAUCAAAACUCAACUGACGACAAGCUUAUCGUUGAACGGUUAUUAAAGAGUUCAAUCAUUCCGUACAAUUUUGAAAAUGCUGUCCGUGUGCAAGCCUUAUUCCGCUGUUACAGUUUGAUGGAUGAAGCUUCAAUCAAAGCUAUGCAGGAAAUUUUUAAGACCCAAUAUUUUGCCCUCAAACUUCUUCGUGAUGUUGUCAAGUUGUUAACUGACCACCGUGAUGCGAAAAUUCCUUCCGAAGUUAAUACUGAAAUAAUGGGUGUCAUACAGCAUCUUAGCAUUUUAAUACCGAAAUCAGAAAAGUCAGUUGAACAUCUGAAACGUUUCUUCAAUCAAGUUCAUACAGAUAAAACACUAUGGAAUCAUUUAGUUAAACUGACUAAGCCACAAACCGCUUGUGCUCAGGCAACAACAGCUUUAAGAGACAUAUUAAAAAAAAUAGGGACGACAGCAGAAAAUCCCAAUAGUGUCAAUGAUAACCAAACAAACUACGCACGUGUUGUAAAGAUUUUACUGGAACGAUGUGCACCUGUUCUCUUUGAUCGUAAUUUUGGCAUGGAAUUAGUCAAUCAGCUAUAUAUCAUCAAGAAAACUGGUUGCUUAUCUGGAACUGCUGGACGUAUGAAUGUGACACGUUCACUACGUUUAUUACUUGCAGUGUCCGUUUAUUUUAAAGAGAUACUACCUUUAAAUAAGGUUAUGGAUUACCUACUCUGUAUUUUAUCUGAUGAAAACUCGUCAGUGCUUAAUGAUGAAAAUGUAUCAUCGUCAGCUAAUUCAAAUUCUUAUAACGAUUCGUAUACAUUACAAGAAAUAGCUUUAAGUAUCCUAUGUUGUGUACUUGGUGGGGGUCCAAGUGGAGCAUUUAGUAACAAUGACCUAACUGAGCCUCUUCAAAAUAUUGCUGACAAACAAAAUCUUAGUAUUUAUACUCAGUUAACUGAACGUUCAGAAGAAUUAUUACCAAUUUUACGUCGUUUUUGCUGUACAGGAAUUGUUCCCAUUUCUAUAGAAUCAUGUCAAAAUAGAGAAACUGCAGAAAAUUCUAUAAAAAAUAAUCGAAAAACAACAAAACAUGGAGUAAAAAUUCCUUCACCAAAGUUAAUAACAGAUACUGUUUCAAAUAGUGGUAUUGUUUGGCGUCGUGAACGUCGUCGUUCCAAGUUAUCAAUACGUAUUUUGUUUUGUCUAUGCAAUGUCAUACGGCAUUUAUUAAAUUCAAAGAGUAAAUCUGAAACAAACAAUGUAGAUUUGGAUGAAGAAUCUAUUAUAUCAAUGAAUGAUGAUUUAACUGAUGAACUGAAAAGAUUAUCUACUUUAAAAUCUAAAAUUAAUGAAAUUCUCAAUGAUAUUGUUCAGGUUUGUAUUUCAUGCCCUAUUUUAUCUAACGAUUACAUAUCCUGCCUCACUUCAUUAAGCCAUAUUGCUUUAUUAUUUCCUGAUGUAUACAACGAAGAUAUUAAAAAUUUCAUUACAAAAUCUUUGGUACAACAAGUAUUAACAUUUGAACCAGAUGAUCUGCCAAAUCAAGAACAAGAAAAAGACAAAACGCCAAUAAACAGUGUGACAUCAAAGAAUUUGUCUAAUCAAUCCAAAGCUGAAUGCAAUGCUCUUAGUUCUUGGUCACCUGAUAGUUUAAUCAGUAACUUAACUAGAGCAAAGAUUUCAGCUAUUAAACUAAUAACAAAUUGGUUAGUAGGUUUAAAAAAUGAAGUAAAACCUGUUGUUCAAGUUAUUAUUCGACUUCUUUAUCGUAUAAUCAUUCAUGAUGGCGAUUUAACAAAAGGUGGUAAAUUAUCAUACGGUGAAAUGUCAAGGCUGCGCUUAGUUGCCGCUACAUCUUGGUUAAAGCUUGCACGUUCUCAGGCUUAUGUUGAAUGUAUUGAAAUUGGCUGGUAUUUGUCAAUGAGCUAUAUACUUUGUGAUCCAUGCCCACAAGUGCGUUCGCACUUCCUAACUAAGCUCAAUCAGGGUUUAUAUAAACUGAGUCUUCCUCUUGAGUACAUGGCUAUUUUCGCACACUCUGCUAAUGUAUCAGAACCUGCAUUUAAACAACGUGCAAAACAACUUUUUAUUGCGAAUAUUCAACGUCGUCGAGCAUUUUUAAAUAAACACCCUUCGUAUUUUCGUGAUGCCAAGUUUUUAUUUGGUCUGUUACCUGAUUACGUAUUACCGUACGUGAUUUACUUACUCUCUCAUGAUUCCAAAUGGACAAAACUAGAUGAUGUAGAAAUACUUAAUAAAAUCAAAAGUGCUUUAUGGUUCAUAAUGGAACCGAUUAUGUCUCAUGGUGAAAAUUUCAGUUUUUUGCGAAAGAUUAUUGAAAAAAUUAAAUACGCACGAGAUGCCCUUCAUCCUGAUGAUACUCUGGUUAAUGAGAAACUGUAUACUGUAUGCGAUAUUUCUUUGGGUCUUUUAUUAUCACGUUGCAUUAACCCGACAAUUAAAGAGUAUCCGGUGGAUGUCAAGCUACCUAAAACUCUUUUUACCUCUGCACCAAGUGAUUUUCGCAAUCCUGAUUUUAAGCAACUGAUAAAUAUCGGUUCAGAAAGUGAAGCACAAACAGGUACAAGCAUUACAAAUUCACCUUUGGAAAUGUCCACCAAAAAUAAGGUCCAACCAAUUUUACAGUUCACUCCCAACAAACACACAAAAGCAUUUAAAGAGGGAUUAAUUCCUCCUGAGCUUGUAAAACCCAAAGGCGUUAAUACUUCAAAGCCAAGGAAAAAAGCAGAAGAAACUGUCAGUCAUAAGAAAAAGGAGAAAAAUGAGGUGAAACUUAAGACUAAAUCAAAUAAUAGUGUUGACGAGCUAUCAGAAUAUGGAAGCAUCGACGAUAAGGAGAACUCCCUGUCAGACAGCCGAGAUAAAAUAGAUCAACAAAAGGAGAUUAUAUCCAUUUGUGUACCAUCUACCAGUAAUAACAUGUUGUCCUCAGAAACUGAUCCUAAAGUUUGUGCUGAUAUUACAGAAACACAGGAAGUGAGACCGUCUACCCCUAACCGAGAAGCUGUUAAUAGGAAAAAGCGUCGAAAAACAACUCCACAAGAAAAUCUUAAACGCCCACGUAUUACUAAAUUAUCAGACUCAAAUUCAAACAAAAAACAAUCCACACUUGAUUCUGUUGUAAAAGUUAAUGAAAUUUCCUCAAACAAGACCUUUUCCCAAAUAGAGAAUACAAGUCAACGAUUGUCUUCCGCCUUUCCGAGUAAGAAUGUAAACAUUAAGGUUAAGAAAAACCCACAACCCAAUAAUGCAAAGCAAAAUCAAUUUCGUCCUAAUGAAAACUCUAGAAGGAAUAUUAAAACAUCUACAUCAUCUAAAAAAAACGACCAGAACGUCUCAUUAAGACCAAGGAACUCAGUAAUUUCAGAAAGUUCCCAGAAGCCUACUAGGAAUCCAGGAAGAAUCCCACAUUCUACUAACAAAAAGCUUGUGAGAAGGAAUGUAAGAAGUUCAUCGAGACUAAAAACCAAUAAACGUACACAUCUCCCGGAUGCCCUGUCAAGACGCCCAUCCUCGAGAAUGAGUGCGGUAAUCGCCAAACAAAAGCUCCUAACCCCAAUGUCUCAGUCUAGCUCAAACUCGACGUCUCAAGUGACUCCAAAACGAAAGUGAUGAUACCUUUUGUGCAGCAGAGAUCCUGUUUUAAUUCUUUUGAAAUCACUUUUCGAGGAUGAUUUGUUUUAAUAAUUUGUUGAUCUGAUCUCGAGUUUUUUGUACCGAACUAAUUUAUCUUUUUCAGUAACAUUUUAUUGCCUGAAUUCCAAGAAGUUCAUUUGCUAUCAGCCACCACAUAAUAUUUCCUUGUAAAUUAUAUUUUUUCCCAAACGCAUUUAUCCACGAUUUUGUGCGUUCAAAAUAUGUGUGUAGACGUUUUAUUAUUAGCCCUCUUAUUCACCUUCCUGAAAUACACCUAUGUACGAUAAGAUUCUUUUGAUUACUUUUUUCCAAAAAAGACUUUCGAAAAACAGAGUAUAUUGACAUUUAAAGAAGAAUUAAACGCAUCAAGAUAAUCUGUUCAGUAAUCUUGUUUCACAGUCUGCUAAAGCCCAAUGAUGGUCGACUACUUCCAAUGCUUCCCAUUCUGCCUUGAAUGCCUUCUGCAUAUCCUGUGGAGCUUGUGGUGUAGGUACUUGGUGAUCUGGCAAAAUCAUCGAGUUAUCAGCUGCGUUGUCCGAACCAAGUACCAAACCAUACAUACUUCUGAGGCCAAAUAUGUUCAGAAAAUACCAAGAUGCAGAGCUAACCCUAAAACCGGUUCAACUAUUAAACAAAAAUUUACCAGGAUGCAUCCAGAGAAGUAAGCGACUCACAGCCCCUUUGAAGCAUGGGCUUAAAUCGAUAAGUGAGUGGAAAUGGAACUUUCGUGGUCAAGAAGCCUGAAAAAGCCCAGUUGAUCCAGCUGCCAAUAACAAUCAUUGGAACCAUAUUGAGCGCAUUGCUUCUUAGCAUCUCAGUUGCCAUUGAGGGAUCUGUCGAAAACUUGGUUAUAGUGUAUGAGACUCACCAGCCAUUGGAUUAUUCAUUGGACUUUCUCGCUUUUGUGUUUUAAAAAACCCAUGCUCCUUAUCAUUGAAGAAAUACUUGCGCAUUUUAAAAGCCUAAAAUAUCUAUCUAUUUCC